AUGGACACCUGCAAAUUAGAAAUUCUUGAUAUUCAUUGCAAUUCACGUUAUGUGAAAGAUUAUUUGGAGCGUUUUGAGAUUUGGUGCCUCAACCGCAAGAGUCUGGACGCUGAGAGGAAGACGGCACAUUUUCUUACUGCUGUUGGAAAGGAAGCUUAUGCGCUAAUUAAAACUUUGGCAUUCCCAGAGUCACCAACACAACUGAAGUGCAACGAAUUGAAAGAGUUGUUACUAAAAGAUUUCCAGUCGGUCAACUUCGAGGCAGCUGAGCGAGCCAAAUCCCAUUGCCUUGCUUGUGAUCCUAAUCAGUCCGUCCGAGACUUCAUUCUUCAGCUGCAGACUCAAUCUGUGCGCUGUAAUUUCAAAGAUCAGCUUCAACCCAGCUCCGUAUUAAACUCAUUGCUGGACUUAACUGUUUUGAACUACAGCAGCAGUUAUUGUUGGUUCCAAACUGCACAUUUCAAACCGCAAAUUUGGUCUGCGAACAAUAUCAUAUCUACGACGUACAGUAUCAUCGUUUAG